AUGGCUUUACGAGACAUUGUAAGGCCAUACAAAGCCGGUGCGGCGAAACAAAUGCAAGUCCAUUGGAACAUCGAGCAAUACCGAGCUACGUACCGUGGGGUGGCGAUUCUGUCGUUCCCGGACUUUUUCGCGACGGCGAACGCGGAGUUCCAGAUUGGUCUUUGUCACAAUUACGCGGGGGCUUUUACAAGGUUCAGGGACCGUGUUAGGUCCUUCGCCGCGGUGUUCAGCAUCGCUACAAUAACUUGGUGUAUGUAUGUACCCUCGAAGAGCGCCUAUUCGCUCGCCAAAUGUCUCCCACAUGUAACAAAGAUCCGACAUAGGCAGAAUUGGGGGAUGCCUAGUCGCGGGGUCCUGGUCUUCCGAACAGGAAUUCCUGAGUGUUUCAACACAGGACGCCAGCUGGCGAUGGAAGUAGCAGAACGCCCAUGCAUUGUACAAGUCGCGGCUGCUGAGAUAUACCUCUCGCUUGGCCUCAAAGUCGGGUUAAGAGCUCGCGCGAUCUUUGUGUCCUCUACGACCAGCCGCGUUGCUGGUGGCGCGCGUGGAUUUCCACAUAGAAGUGAACAUGUCGUGGAACAGGGAGAAACACCAUCAGACGGCCAUAGUUUGAGGGAUAUCUUGCGCAAAUUGCAGACAACAGUUAUAGUGACUCUAAUUUUCAACGAGCCAGCAUACUCCCUCCAAUUGUCGGGCUGGUCAACGCAAAUUCGACUUCGACAUUUACAGGAGCAACGCAGGAGCAACGACUCAUCAAUGAUUACCAUGUUGCGCGAAACCCUGCACAAAUCAUUCUUUCGUAACCCUGCUGAGGGCGCCGAAAGCAAUGUUCCUGCUACCUAUCCCGGUCUUUCUCUGGGACGUUUAGAACAUUUGUACCUCAGUUAUGGCCUUAACGCCAUUGGCAACCCCAUUAAAUCAGUGGGCCCCCCUCCCAUCCCAGACACACAGCGCCGACCACCCGGUAUUUCGUAUCCGCUGAUGACGGACGGCCAUGUGGCUGGGGAGACAAGUGUGGGGGUAUAUGUGACGUGCUCAUACGCUACCAUUGCGAAGCCCACCUGGCUUCCGCCCACGGUAUCGUUAACAUGCCGCGGACUCAACUCGUCGAACGCGGUCGGUGUGGGAAGCGUAUGGGACACAGGUCUAUGUUGUGGCACUAUCGCGAGGAGCAUCUCGGGUUCCACCGUUGAUAGAAGGAUGUUCCAUGGUACACUCCAUUCCCCCAAGGAUCCAUGUCCUGGUGUGACUGGCUACCCAUUGUCCACUGAGUGCACGUCUGCUAUCCAGGUGUCGUUACGUGCCGGGAUGGAGGGUUCGGGGCUAUACAAUCCUUUGCUGUACAAGCAUCCUCCCUCGCAUAUAUCGAGAUCGACAUAUGUGGGGGCGCCGGGUACGUCUACGCUUAACUCUCCAGCACUCAGCAUGUCGCGAGUGCCUCCAACGUUGGUGGGCAAUCACUUGCCCGGAGUCGUUCCAGAGUGGCCGGUUGUCACCGCCAGCACUGCCGCGCUCUGA